UUGUUUGCUGAUAUUUUGAAUGAUACAUCUAUACUUGUUGAGAUGUUAGCACCAUUGUUCAAAGCUUACUUCACCAUUUUGGCAUGCCUGUCUAGUAUAUCAAAGGUAUAUUUCAAAAUGUUAGUGGGAAUAUCUAACCCUGAUAAAAAAAUCUCAUAUUUUUUGCUUGCUUAUUUUCAUCAAGGUAGCUCAUUCUUGGAUAAGAUCUGGAAGAAAGAAGGUUUUAGUUUAUGGGAAAAAGUGUUAGAAUGUAGUACAAGCAUGCGUUUCAACUGGGCAAGCAAGGACUCAGUAUUUUCUGUGUAUUUUAUAGUUGCCUUGUUGGAUUUUAAAAGCAGAGAAUAUAUGUAUUACUAUUAUAUUUUAUUGGGAUAUUGUGGAGAGACAACAGAGCGUAAUCAUUUAGGUAGCUAUGGGUCUGGAUGAGUGAAGUGAGGCAAGGGUGGGAGAGGGAAUUAAAAAAAGACCAGCAUUAUUCUCCCUGACCAGUGGAAGGUGUGGUCACCUGUUAUGGUUAAUGUGCUACACUUCUAAUCAAGGGAUCCAGGUUUGAGCCCUAGUCGAGGUUGCCUCCCACCAGACAUUCUGGGGGGUUCGUCAUGUGUUCCUACCUUAUGAACCCCCAAGAACAUCUGCGAUGGAGGCUUUAGUCGGGGUCAUUGUGUUGUGUUCUUGGGCGAGACACUCUACUCUCACAGAGCCUUACUCCACCCAGGUGUAUAAAUGGGUACCAGCAAAUUAAAUGCUAGGGUAUCCUUGCAGUGGUCUUGACUAACAUCCUAUCCAGGGAGGAGUGAAAAUAUCCCUAGUCGCCUCAUGGCAUGGAAAUGGGAUCAGCUCCAGCAUAAUGGGCCCCCUGCCUUGAAUGCAGGCUUAACAUUACCCUUUAUCAUCUCCAUGCCUGCCAACUUCCUUGCCCUCUUUCAGUCACAAACAUGACCCAAGUGAAUUCUAGUGUAUUUGAACCUCCUAGAAAGUUUUUUUUUUUUUUCAAUAGUACCUUCCCUUAGAAGCAGCAGUUGGCCAAAAUACAGUACUAGUUUCCUGAUCUUGGGGCAAUGAACUUUUGAAUGAUCAGUUCCAAAGUAGAGGAAAACAGUUUUCAUACACCAAAUCCCCCUCUCCACUUUUAAAAUAAAGAACUCAUUGAUGCAGUAAAGUGAUGUUGCUCUUUUUCUCUUUGUGGGCUUACCAGUCCAUAGUGGGUGUGGCGGGAGGAGCCACAAGAGCUGCCAUGACACAGCACCAGGCCAGGAGGGACAAUAUGGCUGAUGUGGCUGCAAAAGAUGGAAGUCAGGUGAGAUGUGUUAUGUUUUGAUGUGACUAAAGGUGCAUGAUGGCUAUGCUUUGGUUUUAUUUUAUCCUUGCUUUAAAUAAGUACAUUAAAACAAUAAAAUAAAUUAUUUUUCUUCCUCUGUUUCAUAUUCAUUACCCAUUGGGGUGGGGGUGGGUACUCCCUAUUAUGGCCUAUAUGGGGAGGCUCCGCCUAAAAGGGGUACCCUUUUUGAAACUUAGGGUAGGAAUUUCACCAGUUGAAGUAUGUAAGAGGUUAGGGAAAUCUGUCAUUUUAAUCAGUCUGUAAAAGAAUCUAAAAGGGCUAAAAGCAGAUGCAUUUUGUUGCUGUGAAAGGUCAAGAAAAAAAACAUGGUUUAGUACAGCAGUUAAUAGGGAUGCAGUGUUAUAAACUAGGUAUGUGAAAGGGGUACCAUUUGUCUCAAGAAGGUAUAUGAAACAGGGUGCCUUUUCUUCCAACCUGGUGUAUAACAGGGUAAGGGGUUGGACCUUGGGGCGGAGCCUUUUUCUAUAACUUUGUAGGGUACCCCCACCCCCACCCUAGAAUCAUUAUUGUACAUUGCCACCCCCAGGCAUUUUUUAAUGGGACUGAAGUGAUGUUUGCUGUUAAGAAUGCAAUGGGCUAGGGAAAAACUCUGUAUUUAAAAGGAAUAUUGUAAAUUGCUGAAUCUUCAGUGACAUCCAUGACUUAUUGCAAGAUAGGCUGAUUUUUCUAGUCAAAGGAACAAGCAGAACAUUUUAUACUUUUUUUUUCAAAGGAAACUUUGGUAAACUUGAUGGCUCUUAUUGCUGGUCUGGUAAUAACACCCCUGGUUUCUGGAAAUCCUCAGUAAGUACUCGUUACAAACUUAAUAAGCUUCUUUAUUGACAUGAAUUAUAUGAAACAUUUUUAUGGAACUCAAUGUGUGACAGCAAGUGAAAGCAUGGCGCAUUCUCAAUAUUAGUUAUCAUAAUCAUAUAAUUUCCUUGAGAUCACAUAGUUUUCUAUUAUUUGUUUUGUCACAAUUUUGUGACACUUUUACCACUCAAAAAUAUUUUCAUUUCCAUGCUUAAUAUACAUCAAUCUACAGAAAAGCAGUUUUACAAAAUAAAUGUCUUCGACCGCAUUUUUGGCACCUGUUUUGUAUUCCAAUAGCCUGUGUUGCAAACAUAAAAAAAAACCCGGCAGGCUAGUAUUCCAACUAAAUGUUUGUUCCGAGCUAUGUAUGCUAUCCUUCUUAACUAAACCAUAUGAACUUGUUGUUGCCUUUUUUAACUUUGAUUUCAUGAUUAUGCUAUUUUAAUUUUUUCUUCACAGCCUAACAUGGUCAUUAUUUUUCAUCUUCACCUUCUUCCAUCUAUAUGCAAACUUCCGUGCUGUGUCAUCUGUCAUCAUGGAAACAGUCAGCUUACCUCGUCUUCACUUACUUGUCACUGAGUUUUUGUCAACAGGCCGCAUUAUUACUCCAGAGGAAGUGGGCAGCAGAGAACCAGUCAUAUUUGGUAAGGUGUCUAUUUUGUAGCUAACACGAAACAGUUUUAGCCACUUUAACUUUCAGACAGUCUGAAGCAGGGAGCAAAGAAAGUCAGUUUUACAGCUUGCCAUUCAGGCAAGCUAAAGCUAGCAUUUACUAUCCCAAAAGUCAUUUCACCUAGCCCCCAAAAAAUCUUUGAUGAGCAGUAUUGAGUACCAUUCUUCUGGAUUUCCCCAAAAACUUCAUUUGGAUGUUGAGCAAGUUAAAAGCAGAUUUCACUAAGCUGGAUAGCAAAAUCCACCAGCCGUGGGCUAUUGCGUACUAAUCACUUUCUUUGCAAGUCUGAAGUGACUUGCUAAAGAGUUUAAGCAUGCAACUUGCCACUGUCUGAAAAUCAGACUAGAUAAAGGGCUUACUGAGAACUUCAUCUUUAUCAGUCAAACUUGACACCAUCACUUCUAGUGUGGUGCAAUUUCAAAGACAUAAUUGUAGAUUCCUUCACUUUUGUAGGAUUUAAUACAGGAGAGUGUCUUAGAAUUCAUUUAGGAACAGAGUUUACUUCAGUAGUAAAAAGGUAAAGGUUUUUUGUUAUCAGCUUUUACAAUGUAGACUUUCAAUAAUAUUCUUAUGUCAUACAAAACAAAAUUAAUACAAAGUAUUUGAUUUAGUAGCUAGAAUAAGUUAUCAAAUUUAUAGGACAGUCAAAGCACUCACAAAUGCAAUGAAUGAAGGAAAAUGCUUGGUAUUGUAGAAAAUUUUAAGUCUAGAGGCACUAGUUUUGGCACCGUACAUAUCUGGAAGAAAUAAAGGCCUGAGGAGCUUUUGGUUAAUUUAAGCUCCUCUCUAACCCCUCCUCCCCGAGGAAAUUCCAACCCCCCUCUGCAAGAGGGUAUGGAAAUUUUCUGAAACUACUUAAUGAAAAAAAAUCAUGUUAAACCCCCAGCGUGAGAAUCAUAGCAGUACUUGGACAUACCACACCUUUUUUCUGACACUUGUAUACCCAGAAAAUACCGAUUGUUUUAUAACAAAACUCUUGAGUAUGUAUUUAAUGGAACAGCAUGGCCUUGUCAUGGACCACGGAAUGGAGUAACUUAAUAUCCGAAAAGUCAAGUCUAUUGAAAUUUUAAAUUACUGUCGUAUCAUUGACGUCCUUGACAUUCUAUUUAAUAACAUCACGGCUUAAUUGACAGACAACCAAUAACAUCGCGACUAAAUGACCAAUCAGAUCAAUAACCAGAGUUUAAUACCAUCAACUUACAUGAUACAACUCACUUUGACUCUGAAGAUGACUACCGCACAGGUUGUCGAAAUGUCAGUUACUGUCAACAACAGUCCUAUUCACGACUACGUUCACGCGGAUGAUCAUACUCAACCUACUUAUGAAAUGACUCCUGGGUUCAAACCUUUCACAAUUCUAUUUCAGUGUUAGCGAUUUUGAUGCAGCAUUGCCUAGUUCAAAGGAAAGUAGAUAUAUUAUUAAACUUACAUUACAACAUGGACGGAAUUCAGGUAUGCAAUGAUGUCAUGUUAAAUUCUUCUUUAAAUCAUGGUAGAUAUUUCCUUUUAAAUAUCAGUACAAUAUUUGCUUAACCAUUGAAGUUUCAAUUUUGAUAAUAAGCUAGAUAAGAAUUAAAUGCUGAUGUAGUUUGCAGUAAAGUUGAAUCCCUCCUUAUUGACUGAAUGGCUUACAGACUGUCUUACUGACUGACUGACCAACUUACAAGCAUCUCUCUAUUACAAAAAGUUCACUUGUUCCCAAAGAGACAACAAUUCAUCAAUAUGGACACUACAGACUGUUCCUUUGAUUUGUAAUUUAUGGCUAUUUGACUGCACUCUACUCAACCUAAGCAUCGCAUGUCAUUCCACAAUUUUAAUGAUCUGCACUUCACAUUAUUGGAUUAACAUAUUGUCGGUAUUCGUACACUCAAUAUUUUUUAUGACAGAGGAUCCUGCACUGAAAUUCACUUUGAGGAGUUUAAUGACAUAACAGAAUAGAUUAUAAUGCUUUUAUCAGGGGUGGAUCCAGGGCAGGUGGUUUGGGUGGGUGAGCCACCCUCACUCCCGUCCCCCUCCCCAAGCUUGCCCCUCCCUUAACUUAAACUUAACCCAUUAAACCCUAAUAUCUACAUACAAAUUUUCCUGACUGAUCUCCAUACAAUUAGUUUGGUGAUCGACUUACUUAUUCUCAUAACCUUUUCUCUAGCCUGUGUACAGACCCUCCCCCCCCUUUCCCUCACGAAAAAUCAGAGAAGGGGAGAGGAGUGGGGUCUAUACACAGGCUACCUUUUGUCUUGAUGAUGUAUUAAUAUUAAUAUUUCUGUCCUGUUAACAUAGGUCUAAUUCACAUAGUGCUACAUGAAGAUUCUACUGCGAUAGAUCACCUACAGAGUUGCUUCCAGGCUUGUGUAUUAGAUUUUGUGAUACGCACCCAACCGAGCUUGAGAAAGGUAAUUACGUUAAUUGACGAGCUAAUGGAACGUUAAUGGACAGUGUCNUCACGACUACGUUCACGCGGAUGAUCAUACUCAACCUACUUAUGAAAUGACUCCUGGGUUCAAACCUUUCACAAUUCUAUUUCAGUGUUAGCGAUUUUGAUGCAGCAUUGCCUAGUUCAAAGGAAAGUAGAUAUAUUAUUAAACUUACAUUACAACAUGGACGGAAUUCAGGUAUGCAAUGAUGUCAUGUUAAAUUCUUCUUUAAAUCAUGGUAGAUAUUUCCUUUUAAAUAUCAGUACAAUAUUUGCUUAACCAUUGAAGUUUCAAUUUUGAUAAUAAGCUAGAUAAGAAUUAAAUGCUGAUGUAGUUUGCAGUAAAGUUGAAUCCCUCCUUAUUGACUGAAUGGCUUACAGACUGUCUUACUGACUGACUGACCAACUUACAAGCAUCUCUCUAUUACAAAAAGUUCACUUGUUCCCAAAGAGACAACAAUUCAUCAAUAUGGACACUACAGACUGUUCCUUUGAUUUGUAAUUUAUGGCUAUUUGACUGCACUCUACUCAACCUAAGCAUCGCAUGUCAUUCCACAAUUUUAAUGAUCUGCACUUCACAUUAUUGGAUUAACAUAUUGUCGGUAUUCGUACACUCAAUAUUUUUUAUGACAGAGGAUCCUGCACUGAAAUUCACUUUGAGGAGUUUAAUGACAUAACAGAAUAGAUUAUAAUGCUUUUAUCAGGGGUGGAUCCAGGGCAGGUGGUUUGGGUGGGUGAGCCACCCUCACUCCCGUCCCCCUCCCCAAGCUUGCCCCUCCCUUAACUUAAACUUAACCCAUUAAACCCUAAUAUCUACAUACAAAUUUUCCUGACUGAUCUCCAUACAAUUAGUUUGGUGAUCGACUUACUUAUUCUCAUAACCUUUUCUCUAGCCUGUGUACAGACCCUCCCCCCCCUUUCCCUCACGAAAAAUCAGAGAAGGGGAGAGGAGUGGGGUCUAUACACAGGCUACCUUUUGUCUUGAUGAUGUAUUAAUAUUAAUAUUUCUGUCCUGUUAACAUAGGUCUAAUUCACAUAGUGCUACAUGAAGAUUCUACUGCGAUAGAUCACCUACAGAGUUGCUUCCAGGCUUGUGUAUUAGAUUUUGUGAUACGCACCCAACCGAGCUUGAGAAAGGUAAUUACGUUAAUUGACGAGCUAAUGGAACGUUAAUGGACAGUGUCCAGUCACUGGUAUCCAUGACUUAGUUAGCCUGAGAAAACAGCCGUUAUUUCCGACACCACCAAUGGUUUCUCCGCUCUGUUGAACGAGCGCAGAAAUUCAAUACUGAUGACGCGUCACUACCCAGCGAGCGGCACGACCAAUCAGAAGCACUUUAUACCCAGAUCUGUUUAGUGACACGUCAUCAGUAUGGAAUUUCUGCGCUCGUUUCUCAGACGUCAUUUUCGUGGGAAACCAGUUUUGGCGUCGUGAAUUGUCGUCUGAUUUCUCAAGCUAUGACUUAGUGAGAUUUAAAAAAACUGAUUUACAUUAAAACGGAUGAACAUCGACGAUUUUACACUAAACAUUAAUAGAACUACAGGAUAGGCAUAUAGGGGACGGAGAGAGCGGCGAAAUAAGGAAGAAAAUGAGCAUUUUACGUCCUCCCCUCUUUUUGCCUUUACCUACGUAGGCUAUCAAACGCAAGAUACAAUAUUUCAACUCAAUUGUUUUGACUUUUGGACACUUGUGUUAAGAUCGAACGGAAUAAAUUGAGAUUCACGGUCACUAUCAAUAAUUACUUUAAAAUGACUAACCGAUUGGACAUGAACGUACUGAUGAAAAAAAAAAAUCUUUGUUUGUUACUGAUUAUUGUUUUCCUCGCCGGUAAAAACGAAAAAUCUCUAGUUGGGAUGGCUUUUUUGAAAACACCUUCCUUUGGUGUGAUUUUCAUUCGUGUCUUUGUAUGACGUUUAGCGAACCCGCAAAGCAAGUCCAUUUAACCUCUGGUGAAUGAGAGAAUGAAAACGCAGCUCGAUGCUUUCAAGUCUAUACCUUACUAGGCGUGUUUCUCUAGAGCAAAACCAUGCUGGCCUUAACAGCUUGGUUUUAUAAAACCAACAAAAGUACAUAACUGAUUAGUAACUUGUAAAACAUUAUUGCGUUCCUGUUUUUCCUUUCGUAGGUUUUAAGUGACUCAGAUGGCAGUCAAAGAGCAUUUGAAGCGUUACAUAAUUUUUGGUGGCAAGGUAAGAUCAGAAAUCCAUCUCUUUACAACUGAAGAUAGGGACGGGUUCAGACAUUUUGAACAGAAGAGGUCCAACCUUAGGCACUUGUGGGAAUCUCCACCCUUCGGUGUGAUUUUCAUUCGUGUCUUUGUAUUACGUUUAGCAAACCUGCAAAGCAAGUCCAUUUAACCUUUCACCGAGACAGCUUCAGUUAAAGAGAACGUUACCGCCAUGCCCGGGGCCCCGGGCCGCCAUGGUACAAGCAGUAAUGUUAUAACUUCUCUUGUUAACGGAAGUAGGUUUGAAACUUGCAGUGCUUGUGUUAAGUGGUAAAUUUUGUCUGUUUGAUCAACCCGUCGAACCCCUGUCUUAACUACAACCAAAGACGCUGGCCAGCCUUUGAUUUGGUAGCCGGUUGUUGAAAGGCAAGGCCUGGUUGAAAGUCAUCUCGCCCGAAGUUAUGUCGCCCGAAAUCAGAGUUAUGCCACCCAAAAUUUUCAGUCGAGUCGCCCGAAAUGCUUAGUUAAAUGGCUUGGAGUUUUAUCAUGCUUAACAACAUCCUACUAUUCCUGUCACACAUUUAUCGCGCUUGAUAAGGGUGGGGUCCAAAAAAUUUUUUUUCGGCCCUUCGCGCCUCAGUUUGGUCGGGCCCCUCUUCCCAGGAUCCGCCAUUGAUAAGCCCCCUUAUAGGGUGUGCGGCCGAGGCCCUCAACCCCUGACCCUGUUUAAAACAAAAAUCUUAAGGCAAGAGACCUAAUUUGAUGACCAUGAUUCAUUUCUGUGUUGGUAAUUGAGGAGUGGUUUUAGAGGAUAAAAAACUGGUACGAGCCACCUUAAGUGGCAUAAUGUUCAUCUUUUCUUUUUUCCUUACAGAAAGAAGUCAACCAACUGACUGCUCAUGGGAUUUGGUAGCGCUGGCUCAUAAUUUCACCCUUCAUGCUUUCCCAGCAUUCGUUCAGGGCCUUGAAGAAGCUGGCUGGGUAACCUCGCGAACACAUCUGGGCCCUGAUGAGUGGCGCGCUGUUUGGAAUGUUAAGGGACUGGAAAUCAAGAAAAGUAUUUAAAAGUUUCGGUCAGAGCUGCCUUUUAAAAAUGCGAGCGAGAAGUUGAGGAGACCCUAGUCUGCUACACAGCCGUUUUUAGUGUCGUCACGACACUAAAAACGGCUGUGUAGCAGACUAAUGAGACCCUUGUAAUGUCUUGAAAUAUUAAAAAUAUUUUAUUUGUAAAUAGUUAGUAGAACAUUCAAUGAUUAAAAGAGUUUUCUUGUAUUGGAAUAAUUAGCAUGUUAUAUUGUGUUCCUUUUCUUUUCAUAUGGUUUUUGCCAGUCGUUAGCAUCUUUAGCGAAACAGUGUGUGUUUGUCCACCUCCGCCUCCCCUCCCUUACUCCGCAUUGCAUUUCCUGGUAACUGCUUUCAGUUGUUUUCCAAGCAUAGCCUCCCGAUUACAAUACUCGGCUAACUCAGCAAUGGAGACGCGACGGCAACGAGAACGUCAAAAAAGCAGUAAGUUAAAGAAACCAAACAACAACNCUUCCCAGGAUCCGCCAUUGAUAAGCCCCCUUAUAGGGUGUGCGGCCGAGGCCCUCAACCCCUGACCCUGUUUAAAACAAAAAUCUUAAGGCAAGAGACCUAAUUUGAUGACCAUGAUUCAUUUCUGUGUUGGUAAUUGAGGAGUGGUUUUAGAGGAUAAAAAACUGGUACGAGCCACCUUAAGUGGCAUAAUGUUCAUCUUUUCUUUUUUCCUUACAGAAAGAAGUCAACCAACUGACUGCUCAUGGGAUUUGGUAGCGCUGGCUCAUAAUUUCACCCUUCAUGCUUUCCCAGCAUUCGUUCAGGGCCUUGAAGAAGCUGGCUGGGUAACCUCGCGAACACAUCUGGGCCCUGAUGAGUGGCGCGCUGUUUGGAAUGUUAAGGGACUGGAAAUCAAGAAAAGUAUUUAA